GGAGCGGGCGGCCGAGCCCGCCGCGGCGCCGCAGGUACGUGGGCCGCGCGGCCGAGCCGAAGCCGGGCGGAAAGGGGUUAUUUUUCUCAGGGCGGUUGGAACGGCGGGACGCGCGCCGAUGGAGCUCGAGAUGGAGGAGAAAAUAUUGGGAAUGGGGGGGGGGAAAGCAGGUAAUUCCCCAUCUGGGAGCUGUUGCAAAUGGGAAGACGAGCAAAACAAGGAAAAAUUGAAUUUGGGAGGGAUUUUGGCUGCUUCCUCUGUGGGAAAAAUAAACCGGAGGAGGAAAAUAGUGCUGCUGCCCCCUCCAGCCCGGCAGGCUUUGUCUGCAGCAAACGCCCGUCGAGAGCGCGAGACGGUGUCGGCUUUACCGCCGCCGGAGCUCGGCCGUUCGGGGCUGCCCUGAGCGCGCAGGUGGACACGUGCCGCGGCACGGCUUUCCCUCGGCUCCGGCGCCUGGAAAAGCCGCCGGCCGGCUGGAGGCUGCGGGGUGCCGGCGGCUCCGCCGGGAUGGAGAGCCGGCGCCGCGGGGGCGAGGCAGGUCUUGGAUGACUGAGUCGCAGCGGGUUAAUGGGUUACUGCUCCUCGCCGGGACGGGGCACCGGACGUGCCUGCGCUCUCGGAGCGGGGAAAAACGCCACGGCUGUGUUGACGGCACCUCUCGCAAAAACAGGCUGCCGCGUGGGUGCAGCUCUGCGUCCGAAAGCGGCCAGCGCUCGCGAUGGGAUCCGGCCUCGAGAAAUUGCGUUUCCCGGUGGCCUGGGGAGGGUCUGGUGCUGCUGCAAAACAGGCCACAGCUGCCCGAACCGGGGUCUUGUAAAACUGAGAGGUGACUCUGGAAAACCGAAGGCGCCGAUCAGACCCGGCGCGUGCCGGGAGCCGGGAACGAGGAGGGCGCGCGUGCCGCGGCCGGCCGGGGCCGGGGCUGCUCCCGGAAAGCCAGCCAAGGCGAACGCCCCCGUGAAUUUAGCCCCUUUGACGCCAGGAGCCGCGGCUGCUUUGCAAAGGGCCACGACCGCCGCGGGAAGCGCGCUCCGAGCGGGAAAGGAAAGCCAGGAGCGGGACGCGGGAGGGUCCGAGCGCGGCAGCGGGCGGCAGAGCGCGCCGGGACGGCCGGGCCCCGGGGGGCGCAGGGGCUGGCCGCAGGCGAGAGCGGCGGGGCGAGCGGCCGCCGGAGCGGAGCAGCCCGACCUGCUGGAGCCGCCUGGCUCCUCAGCACGGGCGACGCUUCCCGCUGUCACCGUCUGCUGCUAAUUACAGGGAGUUGCCGGCAGCCCAGACGGCCGCCUAAUUGCAUCAAGCCAAGCCGGGCCGGGCUCUCCCCCAGCGCGCUCCCUCCUGGGCCGCGCGGCUCCCCGGCACGGCUCGCUGCGCGGGCGCGCGCCUCCGGAGACCCGCUGGGACAGGGGCCGAUCGCGGCUCCGAGCGGGACGCCCGCCGGACGACGGCUCCGGGAACCCGGCUGGCAGCGAGGGGCCGCAGGGGGAAGCCGGAGGCAAGCUGCGCCGCGGCAGGGCGGCAUCCGGCGGGUCGAAUUAAGAGCAAGCUGGAUUAGACGUGUGUAGCUUGGAGGCUUAGUGAACCGGGCCAGAGCCAGGCAACACCAUCCAUCUCCCAGGGGAGGGGGACACGCAUUGCUGCCGGUGCCAAAGACGGAGCAGCAGAGCUGGGACUGGAGCUGGGCUCACAGGGGUGCUGGUUCAGCAGCCCCGGGGACGCCAGCGCGCCCAGACCAGCCCCGGCUCUACCCUCCACUCUGCCCGGCCGCGGGGCCCUGCGAGCGGGGCACGAAGCCCUUUUUGUCUUAUCCCGCUGACUAGCCAAUUUGCAGAGUUAAUCAUUGACCCAGGUGCACCGCGGGGAAACCUGAGCUGCCGGAGCCUGGACCCACCGGAGAGGGCCCGGAUCGGGAGCGGGCUGGCGUUCGGAUGCAAGGUCCAGCGCCCCGGGACACAGCACGGGAAGGGACAGCGGGGCUGGAGGGGUGCGAUGCAAAGAGGCACGGUGCCUGGCACGGGCUCGGGCGGGAGGCAUUGAAGCCAGAGCAGCCGGGACGUUGCUGCUGCCAGCCCUGAGAGCACGGGCAGGGGAUAAAACAGAUGCACAGCAGUAUCGUGCCAGCUCGUGGUGCCCGGUUUGCACCCAUAUUGCUGCAGCACGUCCAUCCGUGCGGGAGUCCAGGGUGCCCCGUGGCACCUGGGCUUGCCCCGGGAGCAGCGGCGCAGCCCCGGCCCCCCCCCGGCUCGCGGCACUGGGACGGCGUCCAGGCGCCCCGGGAGCCGCCGGAUCGCCAUCACGCCUUUGUUUUGGAAACCCAAGCGAGGAAGGAAGCGAGCAGCGAAAAAGCGCCGCGCGCGCGGGGAGGAGGGGACGGGACGGGACGGGACGGGCGUGCAACCAUUAGCAGGGCAAGGCGGUGGCGGCUGGGCGAGCCGGCUGCCCCGGCAGGAACAGCCGCUCCGGCCUGAACAAUAGCAGCCCAGGGGGAAUAAAUUACUUUCCACUGAAUUGGGCUGGACCUCGAUCUCCUCCCACUGCUCCGCUCGGAGACAGGCCACAAAACCAGGGAUUAACCAAGCGCAGCAGCCCUGGGAGCCCCUGCGUUUCGCUAGCGAUUCAGCAGAGGGUCCCGAGGCUCCCGCGGCGGCUCCGCGGGACCAUCCCGGAGCGGGGUCCGUGCCCGGGAUGCCGCGGCGUGUCCUGGAUGCGGACCCGCCGUCCCGGCCGGCUCCGAGCCCUCUCGCCUCUCUCCGCAGCUCAUGUCCCUGCGGAGCCCCGCAUGGCCCCGGCGAGCCGAGCGGCCCCCCUGCGGCACCGCCGCCGGCCUCCCUCCCGCCUCCUCCGACAGCGACUCCGGCUGCGCCCUGGAGGAGUACGCGGAGCCCCCCGCCGAGCCCGCGCCCCCCGAGGCGCCCGCGCGGCCCGCCGCCCGCUCGCCCGAGCCCGCCCCUCCGGCCGACGGCAACCGGCUCCGCGUCCGAGCCCUGCUGCAGCAGCUGCCGCCGCAGGACUGCGAUGAGCGGUACUGCCCCGGCUUGGCCGAGGAGGAGAGGGAGCAGCUGCAAGCGUUCAGCGCCCGGCGCCGCCGCGAGGCCCUGGGGCAGGGGCUGGCGUGCCCGGUGCCGGGUCCCUGCCACGGGUGCCCCUGCAAGAAGUGCGGCCGGAGGCUGAACCGCGGCGACCCGGGGGUUUCGGCGUCCAGGCUGGGCGAUGAGCUCUGGCACCCGUCCUGCUUCUGCUGCCACUUCUGCCACCAGCCCCUGGUGGAUCUCAUCUACUUCCAGCAGGACGGCAGGAUCUACUGCGGCCGGCACCACGCCGAGCUCUUCCGGCCCCGCUGCGCCUCCUGCGACCAGCUCAUCUUCCUGGACGAGUGCGUGGAGGCGGAGGGCCGGCGCUGGCACCCCGAGCACUUCUGCUGCCUGGAGUGCCAGGCGCCGCUGCGCGGGCAGCGCUACGUCAUGGCCAGCGGCCGGCCCUGCUGCGGCGGCUGCUUCGAGCGCCUCUACGCCGAGCCGUGCCAGGCCUGCGGUGAGCCCAUCGGCGCCGACAGCGAAGAGGCCACGCACCAGGGGCUGCGCUGGCAUGCCCGCGCCGCCUGCUUCUGCUGCAGCCUCUGCCGAACGCCGCUCCGCGGGCGGCCCGUCACCUCCCGCCGCAGCCUGCUCUACUGCUCCGAAGCCUGCAGCCGCGAGCGGGACGCCUCCUCCGCCGCCUCCGACUCCUCUGACUCGGCCUUCGUCUCAGCCCCGUCCCCGGACUCGACGCCCGUCUCCCGCGCUGCCCGGAGCGCCUCGCCGGCCGCGGGCUGCGGGCAGCGGCUGCAAGGGGCCGAGCCAGAGCCGGAUCAGGCCCCUGUGCACCCUGCCUUCAGGAGCGCGGACGACCGCGGAGCAGCGGCCAAGGCGAGGAGCAGGGAUGCUCCGCGCCCUGGCACGCCGCUCGCCCCGCAGCCCGGCGCGGAGGGUCCAAGCGGCCCCGGAGCACCAGGCCACCCGGCCGCAGGGAGCCCCGACCCGAGAGCGCCGCAGGGCGACGGGGACCUGCGCUUCCGAGGCGACCUGCCCCCCGCCCGACGCAGCCCGAGGCCGCGGGAUGGCGAGCUGCAGGAUGGCACAGAAGAGGAAGACUCCUGGUGCCCAACCUGCUCUUCGUCUUCGGACUCAGACUCAGAAGAGGAGGGUUUCUUCUUCGGGAAGCCCAUCCCCAAACCCGGGAUGAGCUCCCUGGGCCGGGAGCACCGGGGCCGGACGGCGAAGCCGCGGGGCAGCAGCAGGCACUGCAGCGUGUCCUAGCCGCGGCAACACGGCAGCCGCGCUGGCACCGCGUUUAAGCAGAGGAGCAGCGGGGAGGCUCCUCCCGGUCCAGCACCGCCGUCCUGCUCGCACCCCCCGGCCCCGGCCGCCUUUGCAGUCCCUUCCCAGCGCGGUUUGGAACCGGCCCAGUGCUGGCAGGGAGAAGCCGCCGGGAUCCCCUUCGCUGGCAGAGCGCAGCCUGCAAUUCCUGCCGGCCUCGCUCGCAAUUAAGAACAGGUAAAGCAAGCUCGGGAGAAGCCAGCCGACAGCCGGGGCUGCAUCCUGCCGCCCCCGACGCCGCGUGCGGAUUUCCCACCUGCAGGAGCGGAUCCUUGAAGGACGCGGCCCCGCGCCGGGCACUUGAACCGCGGGGAAGGGGUGGGGGGGGAGCAGCGGCGGCGCUGCAGCCGGCUCCGACACCGCGGCGCUGCAAUAAAGCUCGGCCGCGAUCCGCGCGCCGCGGAGCCGAACAA